GGGCCUCCGCGCAGGCGCACAGGCACCCGGAACAGCGCCCCUCGGCUCAGGCGGCGUUUGGAGACAUUCUGCGAGAGUCUCGGAGAAGAUGGCCGAUCCCUGGCAAGAAUGUAUGGAUUUUGCCGUGACCCUGGCGAAGAAUGCUGGGCAGGUGGUUUGCGAAGCUUUGAAAAACGAGGUGGCCGUCAUGAUUAAAAGCUCUCCAGCAGAUCUGGUUACAGUCACCGACCAGAAAGUGGAAAAAAUGCUACUUUCUGCCAUCAGAGAGAAAUUUCCCUCUCACAGUUUCAUCGGCGAAGAAUCCGUGGCAGCUGGAGACCGCAGCGUGCUGACCGAUAAUCCCACCUGGAUCAUCGACCCCAUUGAUGGAACCACCAACUUUGUGCACAGGUUUCCAUUUGUAGCUGUGUCAAUUGGCUUUGUCGUGGAGAAAAAGAUGGAAUUUGGAGUUGUAUACAGUUGUGUGGAAGAUAAAAUGUAUACUGGCAGAAGAGGAAAAGGUGCAUUCUGCAAUGGGCAGAAGCUUCAAGUUUCCAAGCAGGAAGAUAUCACAAAAUCCCUCCUGUUGACUGAAUUUGGGUCUUCCCGUUCUCCAGAGACUAUGAGAAUCGUUCUGUCUAACAUGGAGAGACUUCUCUGCAUUCCUAUUCAUGGGAUCCGCGGCGUGGGCACAGCGGCCGUGAACAUGUGUCUCGUGGCGGCCGGAGGGGCGGACGCCUACUACGAGAUGGGGAUCCACUGCUGGGACAUGGCAGGGGCUGGAGUCAUCGUGACCGAAGCAGGGGGCGUGCUCCUGGACGUGGCGGGGGGACCAUUUGACUUGAUGUCACGGAGAAUCAUCGCAGCAAGCAGCAGAGCCCUAGCCGAAAGAAUAGCCAAAGAACUCCAGCUAAUACCUCUUCAGAGAGAUGAUGAAGAGUAG